UUUCGGUAGCCUUCCGCCGAACGACCUAGUUCGCACAGCACUCCGGCAUUUUUAAGUGUUUACGGAUACAACACGGUAAACCGAGCUCAGGGGUGAGACUUACCGUGUUUUUCGACCGCUUUGAGACGUAAAAGCCGCGUCCGUUCCUCCGUCAAAACAGCCCUUCUCUCAUAGGCGUUUGAAAUCGGACACCGCUGGCGUUGAGGCCCUCACAUUUGUGCGGAGGGAUACGUUGUUGCGUCUGACAAUGUGGACGGAGGUGGUGAAGAUGUCUACGAGAGAAGAAUGAAAUCAUCUCAGUUGUAACAACAAAAAAGGGGAGACGCGACAUUAGUUGCUAUAAUAGAUUUGUUUGCACACAGACUUGUUACGUUGAAGCAAACACGUGGGCGCUGCGUGAAAAGCGGGCUUUACCGGGACAAAAGGAAAACGUCCACUGUGCUCCAGUGCGUUUCAUGCACUGAGAUCGAAAUUCUCUUGAAGUUUUAUGUUUUUUUCCCCCUCGCGAGUCUCUUUUCUUUUCACUGUUGGAUAUCAGACACUCGGAGAGGAGAGGGAUUAUUAGAGACUGAAGGGUAUGAACGAACAGCAGCCAAGAAUGGCUGCAGUGGAAACUGACAAGGAACUCAACGACCUCCUGGAUUUCAGUGCGAUGUUUGCACCUCCUGUAGCCAAUGGCAAGAACAGAACAAUGACACUUGGAAGCACUCAGUUUAGUGGAUCAGCACUAGAUGAGCGCAGCGGCUCUGGGUCUUGGGGCUCGGGAGAACAGAACAGUCCCUCUUUCAGCCAAGGACGGGGCUAUGGAGAAGGAUCCCACUACAGUGAGCAUGAAGGCUUGUCCUCUCCCUUCAUCAGUUCAGGAAUCACAGGUAAAAAUGAGAGGCCACCUUACCCUCCCUUUGGAAGCCAGCCUGGUUUUCUUCCCAGCGACAUAGCGAUGCCUAGCCCAGAUGCCAUGUCCCCCCCCUCUGGCCUAAAGCCUGGCUCCCAGUUUUACCCGUCAUACCCCAACAACCCCAGAAGAAGGCCGCCUGAGGGAGGCAUAGACACCCAGCCAAAGAAGAUUCGGAAACCCCCCGGCCUGCCGUCCUCGGUGUAUGCCUCCACAUCUGGUGAUGAGUACACCAGAGACAAUGGAGGAUAUCCUGGUUCUAAGCCUGGAGCUGUCUACCCAGGCUCCUUCUACAUGCAAGAAGAUCCCUGGUCAUCUUCUGGCUACUCUGCUAUGCUGGGCAACUCUCCUCACAUCGGACAGCCAGGCUCCUUCUCUGCAAUUAAUCCACAGGACAGGAUGAAGCGUCACCCCCUGCCUCUGUCCCCACAGAACUAUCCUCUGCAUGGCAGCGAAGUCAACGGCUUUCACUCAGCCCCCACUACUUACAACCACACACCCGCCAUCAAUGGAGAAGGCAUCAUGUCCAACCGAGGCACCACAGCUGGCAGUUCAGGAGAUGAAAUUGGGAAGGCUCUUGCCUCAAUUUACCCAUCGGACCACAACAGUAAUAACUUCUCCUCAGCUCCAUCUACUCCUGGAUCUCCACAGGCUAUCGCAGGAGCUCAGUCUCAGUGGCAAAGACCAGCCACACCCAACUAUGAAGGGCAACCACAUGCACUGAGUAAAAUGGAGGAUCGUUUGGAGGAGGCCAUACAUGUACUGCGUAGCCAUGCCGUGGGCGCUGGCCUAGAGGGUGCCCAUUCUGAGAUGCACAACCUGCUGUCUGCAGUACACAACGGGGGCCUCGGAGGCCUCUCUCCUGCUUUUCCUAAUGCUAGCCUUGCUCUCAGCAACAGACAUCCUGCUAUGCAGGGAGGGAAGCAUGAGGAGCCUACAGGUCUUCCUCCCAGCAGCACUCUUCUGCACGGUCAUCAUGCCUCUGGACCCACACCUUCAGCCAGCCAACCAGAGGGCUUCACCAGUCUCCCUGCUGGAAUGGCUCGCUCAACACACUCCUCCAGCAGCAGCUCAGACAUCAAGAGAGAAGAUAAAGAUGAUGACGAUGACGAUGAUGAGAACUCUCUUGCGGACAAUUCCGAGGAUGAAAAGAAGGAGUCCAAGGCAGCACGUGCCCGAAGAAAGGAGGCGUUGACCCUCCAGAUGCUCUCUGGCUUUUCAGACCCUCCAGAUGAUCUGGAUGAAAAUGAAGAAGACCUUCCCCCCGAGGUGAAGAUGGAGCGUGAGAAGGAACGGCGAGUGGCCAACAAUGCCCGCGAGCGUCUUAGAGUACGGGACAUCAACGAGGCUUUCAAGGAGCUUGGCAGGAUGUGCCAGCUACACCUAAGCCAUGACAAACCUCAGACCAAACUUCUCAUCCUGCACCAAGCUGUCAAUGUCAUCCUCAAUUUAGAACAACAAGUCAGAGAGCGUAACCUUAACCCCAAGGCAGCAUGUUUAAAACGCCGCGAGGAGGAGAAGGUGUCUGGGGUAGUGGGCGAAGCACCAAUGCAGCUCUCAGGAGGCCAUCCCAGUAUGGGAGGAGAUGGACACAAUCCAGUUGGCCACAUGUAACACCGGGUCCAGUGGUGUUUCCUUGGCUGUCAGAGGAUGUGGCCUUAACAGUUUUCUUCCACCCAUUAUUCUCAGUGUGUGUGUAUAUGUGGACAUGUCUGUGUAUUGUCCGUUCAAGUUUCAAGAUGCACAUUCACACACUCGUACACACAUGCAUACUGCCAAAACUGACACAGCCUGUUUGUCGCACUCCCAACCAUGACUACAAGCUCAAAUGUGAAGAACUUUUUUAAGUUUUGAUUUGUUUUAUACAUUUAAGAUUUUGUUUUUCGUCUUUUGGUUUCCACAUGAUGACAGAAUGCCGGAGUACUUCACGUCCUGCCACAAAUUGGGACUUCACACACUGCCGAGAGGUGCUCUGGUGGGGAAAAAUAGGAGACCUAAUCAAACACAAAUUAAAUCAAGGAUUUGUGCCUAAUUGUUACAUGUUUUCUAUUUGACAUUCAAGCAAAUUGCUUUACACGAGGAACAUUUAUUGUAAGGGAUUGCUUAUGUGUAUGAGCAAUUAUUUUUAAUGUAUGUCAUUCCCAGCGUGAUGGUACAGUCUUACAUAUGUUAUGUAACCAAGCCUAUAGUUGAACUUGAAUUGUCUAAAUUCAGUGACGUUUCCUCGAUCCUCUCGUCAAAUGAUUUGAAAAGGACACGGGGGAAUGGUCAACAUUUUUACAGUUCAAACACAGCUUUCAUGAAAGACAGGAACUCUCUCUGACCUAGAGACAGUCUUUGACUGGAGCCCAGUCUCAUCCCACAAGGCAUCUGGAGACUUGGAAUCGAGGACUCCUUCCCUGAAGGUUAUGAAUAAUCCAAGUGAUAGAAUCUGUCAACUGCAAAACUGUUCUUCCUCUAUGUUGACUACGAUUUCUAGUAUUACUCCAGUGGCUCUUUGUCAUAGGUUCAGGUUUUUGUAUUGCUUUAUGUACUAAAGCAUUCAUAAACGAGACAAAGCACAGUUGUAUAGGUUUAGGCUGGAAGUUGAGUGUCAACCUGUAGUGCAUUUCAGUCCCUGAAAGUCUUGUAUAAAAGCCAUUCAAGACGAAAUGACGAGCAUUCGAUGCUGUCACUCUUUUGAAAUGGUUUACUGACAAUGCCAGCAGACUUAACAGUUCCAACUUUUUACCCCUUAAUUGAUCUUCUGUAAAAGAGAAAGAAAUCUGGGUUCUUUGAUGGAGGGAUCUCAUCAGUGUGCAGUUGUUGAAGCAGACAAGUCUUUGUGUAAUGAAGGCUUUCUUUUCCUAAAUGAGCAUUCCCACUGAAUUACAGCCCUUCACCUUCCUCCUGAGUAAGUUUGUUCUCACUUUUCUUACCGAGAGAAGUGUGAUGUGUAAAUUCACUUCAUACAUUACUCUGAUAUGUUUCAUUUUUCAAAAUUAAAUAUAUAUAAAAAUAUAUAUUUUUUGUUAGUCUAUACAUUGUAGAUUUUUUACAUAAAUGGCAAUAUUAGUUUGAAGCUUAGAGUGUAUUGUAGAUGAACUGAAUAAGGGGAUAUUUGACAUAAAAAAAAAUGUGUUCAAAAAUCAAUUCACAACCACGAUAGCAGAGGAAAAGGGUCAAUGGAUGAUGAAAGACAUGUCGAAAGUGUUUGUAUACUUAAUUCCAGUUUUCGUUGUAAGGCAUAUCAUCAGCUACCCAGAGGAAUUCUUACUUUCCAUUUGGGGGUGUGUGGACAGUUUGUGCUACAAUCUUGUUAAAGUGUUUUGACUUUAGCAGCGAGGCGCUGAGGACAAAUGUGGGAAGGGAAUUUUGUCUCUAACAGUAAUUAUGCAACUGGUUUUGAAUGUAGCUACCAUACAAAUGUGGAUUGCCUUCAUUUUCAAAAAAAAAAAAAAAAAAUGUGUUCCUGGGUUUUCUCAGUACAAUAUGAGUUUUUGUUUCACCUUUUUUCUACUGUCUGCCCUAAACCAAGUGGCUCUGUGUGCAGUUCUCUACAUUUUUUGUAUUUCUUUUUUGUAUCCUGCACAUUUGUUUUGGAGGCAGACGGCCGUGUUGGGUGUAAGGUAAAGGAUAAAAUGGAGAACAAAACAGUGUUAUUGUGAUAUUAAUCCCAUGUCAUGUCAUGACUGGUUUUUACCAACAUGUAAUCACAAAUGGGAGGUAGAGCAUUUUGUGUGUUUUAAUUUCUACAAAAAGAGAUGAAGAAAAAGACCUAUACAAGUCAAUAGUGUGGCCUUUUCAUUCUCAAGACUUGCGAUGUCAUGAUGGGAGAGUGAUACCUUAUCAGUGCCUGAACUUGUAUUUUCAUUUAAGACAGUUUUAUUUUGUGAACCAUAUCAUUUCAUUUAUCAUGGAGAUUAAAGAGGUACUUGUUCAUUCCCCCACCCUCCCUUCUCCUAAUGCUUUUUUCAAUUUUCAGGAAGAAGUUUAAAUGGUAUAAAGAGAUUUUCUUUCAGUGUAUCUAGUUAAAUAAAUAAAUGUUACAUAGAUCUUG